GAUGUUUCAAGUAUUGCUUCAGCCAUCUGGGGAAGAUUCAGUUGUCAUAGAAAGAGUAAGGCAUAAGAAUUACAUAUAGAGAACAAUAUUAAAAAAUGGCAUGCUUAACAUAUGAAGAAUUUACAAAGACUUGCUUGGAGUUCUUCAGGAAGUCUCAGGAUCUUGGAGACAACUGGGAAUGUAGAGGUAGUACUCAAGAAGAGGGUGCAUUCUAUCUCCGUAAGACAGUGUGUUCUAAAAGUGGAUAUAGAAAUGAAGGCACACAGUUAUUAGAGACGUCGUUGCACUUGGAUCAGUUGGAUGUGGGGUGUCGGACUGAAGAGAACCUAACACAGUGCAAUGAUAAACUGGAGCCUUAUGACCCUUCAGCUUUAAAUGACUUGAGUGCCAAGAAUUUUAUCACUUUUGAAUACCAUGUUGUGUAUAGUUUAAGUCAUUCUGUUCCUACAUUAUAUUUUAAUGCAUGGAACUCAGCAGGAAAAUUAUUAACUUUAGAAGAAGUGUGGGGGUUGGUUCAUUCUCACUUUAGUGAACAAAUUUUGAAUAAUAAAUGGGAAUCUUUAACACAAAAAGAACAUCCUUUGCUUGGUCGACCAUUUUUCCAAUUACAUCCUUGUCAUACUGCAAAACUUAUGAGUCAGGUGAAGUCUGAACAUCAGUGUAAUUCUAGACUGUCAAGCAGGUAUAUUGUGAGUUGGUUGAGUAUGUUUGGACCUGUUGUUGGACUAGAACUCCCAUUAAAUUAUUUUCUUGACUAGAUUGCAGAUUUGUAAUGGUAAUAUGGUAAAUUAGUAUAUUAAAGAAGUAAUUUU